AUGAAGAACGUCAAGGUAGCAGAAGCGUUGGGGGCACUAGCCUCGCGCAAGCUCAUCUCAGUCGAGACCAAGACGCCGCUCAAGGACGUCCUACGCACGCUCCACACCAACCGCAUCCUCUCCGUGCCCGUCAUGGAGAACGACAAAGGUUGUGUGGGCUUGGUGGACGUGUUGGACCUGGUCAAGUUCACGGCUCUCCAGUUCUUCACCAGCCAGGAGACGAGCGUGAUGGACGACAACCUGCAGGUGGCCCCCGAGCUCUUCCGCCAAUUCGAAUUCGAAGACCGUACGGCCGGCGACCUCCUCAAGCAGUCGCCGAGGAGCCGUAACUUUCAAGUGUUGGACAAGGAGGCGACGCUGGGCGACGUGGCCAAGGUGCUCAGCCACGACACGCACCGCGUGCUGAUCGGGCAGGGCCGGGACGCCAAGCUGGUCUCGCAGUCGGACAUCGUGCGCUACCUGAGCGAGCGCAAGGACCAGCUCGACCGCCAGGUCCUCAACACUCCCGUCGGCCAGCUCAACAUCAUCCACGAGCGCGUGCUCCACGUCUCCGAGCACACGACCACCAUCAAGGCCUUCUGUCACCUCGUCCGCAACAAUGUCAGCGCGCUCGCUGUGCUGGACAGACAACAGAAGCUCAUCGGCACCAUCUCGGCGUCCGACCUCAGAGGAAUCACCGAUGAGAGCCUGAACAAGCUCACGCUGCCGGUCCUCGAUUUCCUGAAGUACACCGAGAGGAAGGCGCCCGCGAGCCUCAUUCGCUGCUCUCCCGACGAAAAGUUGGACAUGGCGAUCAACAAGCUGGUGGAGGCCAAGGUGCACAGAUUGUGGGUGACUGACGAGAACGAGAAGCCCGUCGGCGUGCUCGCCCUCAGCGAUGUCAUUCGCACCGUCCUCGCCUGA